UUAAGUUGACAAAUUGUGGUUGAUUAUGAAAAAAAAAUAACACAAUUAAAUUUAUUAAAUUAAUUGAAGGUUUUCUCAUUCUUAUAAGGUACUGGAUUUUUUUAAAGAUAAAAAAUACAAACGAAUAUAAGGAGAUAUGUUGAAGUUUCUUAAAAGUACGAAAAAGCACAAUGUCACCGGGAAAGCACGAAAAGAAUCUAUCAAGCCUUGGAGGGAAUUCGAACCAGGUGGAAGUUGGACUGAACAGUACCGUACAAAGCUUUUAGAACAAAUAAAUUUGCACAACAUCGAAGAAGAAGGAGUUGCCACAAUUCGAAUUUUGCUGUUGGGUCAAAUCAAAGCAGGAAAGUCAUCGUUUUUAAACACAGUGGCUGCUAUAGACAGAAAACGAAUAUCGCAAAUCACACGAGCUGGAGGAGCUGACAAAAGUCUGACAUUUGCGUUGAAAGAGUAUAGACCGACUGGAGCGUUAAAGAAAAACAUUUGUAUAUUGGAUACGAUGGGGUACGAGGAAGGCAAGGCCGGCUUUAAUGCUAAGGAUGUUGGUUAUCUUGUAAAUGGACAUAUCUGUCCUGACUACAAGUUUCAUCCUACAUCUCACAUCGAAAAAGAAAGUACAUUUUUUAGGCCCAACCCCCAAAAAGGCGACAAGGUUAACUGCAUUGUGUUUGUAGCGGACGCAAAUAUUCUUGGACAGGAUAAUAUAACAAUGGAAAUAAGGCAGAAACAAAAAGAACUACAUGAUGAAUUAAGCUUACAAGAUGUUCCAACAAUUGUAUUGUUGACCAAAAUUGAUGUCUUGUGUGAAUCAGUGGAAACCGAUGUAACAAAUGCAUAUACAAGUGAAAAAGUUAAACAGGCUGUUGACAAAGCCGAAGAGUUUUAUAAUGUUCCGAAACAAAAUAUUUUUCCUGUUAAGAAUUAUGAAAAAGAAAUUGGAACCGAUAUCAACACUGAAAUUCUAGUACUCUUAGCUUUGAGACAAAUGAUGUACUUCGGAACAGAUUUCCUCAAUGCUGCAUCCGGAUCAGCUGCAAUUACAGAAUAAUAAAAAACACACAAAGACAUCGAUGAUAUGAUAAAAAAAAUCCGAAAGUAACGAUCAUUUCCGAAUGAAACGGUUUCUACCAGAGUGAAUUGUUCGAUUAUGUCGGAUGUAUUCUCCAUUGCAGGAAUAAAACCAGCAAGAUAAAAACUCUUUUUUAAAGAAAUAUGUUCAGAUAAUUGUUUGUUUCAUACAUAAUUAUUUUAUAUAGUUAUAUUUGUAUGAACUUGCGUUUGUUGUGUGUAUUAAGCUGUCUUAUACAUGUUUUAUUUUUAAUACACCGUGUGGCUAUCUUGACAGUUUUGAUAAAAACGGUUACCAUGGAGACUGCCAUUUUACAAAAAUAUCCAACCCGUCAACAUAUGUGUUUCUGUCAAUUUUCGAAUUCAAUCAAAUAUUACUUAUCAUACAACAAAUUUAGAAAAUUAGGAUUAAAAAAAAGAUUACA